CAAAAAAUGCCGAGCGGUGGACAGAGGAAGCACACGAUUUCGAACAAGACACGUAAACGUCCCGGAAAGGAUUUGGAUCAAAUCCAUGAGGAUUUGAAGCCUGAAAAGGCCGCCAAGCUUCUCCAGCAAGAGAUCGAUUACGAUCUUCCGGGAAACGGACAAUUUUACUGCAUCGAGUGUGAGCGGCAUUUCGUCGACGAGAAAACCCGACAGCUUCAUCGCAAGACGAAAUUGCACAAGAACCGAGUGAAGACGCUGAAAGAGGUUCCAUACACACAGGCAGAAGCCAACGCCGCCGGUGGCUCAGGAUUCUUCCCGGCGAUCACUUUGAAAACACGAGUCGAACUUCCCAAGCAGCCGGAGAUUCCGAUUCCUGUGGUGGCAGAGACUUGAGCAAUACUGGAAAUACUUUCUUUUUUUGUUUUGUUUUGUUUUUACAUCUCUCUCUGUUGAUUUGAGUUGUUAUGUUUCUUUUGUUGUUUAUCAUAAACAGAGCAAAUUUG